CCCCACGCUCAUUGGGUGGCUCCCUGCGGGGAGCCCCGUCACGUCACGGGCUGCCCCGCCCUAGGCCGGCCCCGGAGGGCGGCGGAGACGCUGCGGGGGACGGCGCUGCGGCGGGGACCCGGCGGCGAGCACACGCGCGGCAGCUGCCCCGGCCCUAUGGAGGAGAGCCAGCCCUUGCUGUCCGGGGGCCGUAGCCCCCGCGCCUCGGCCUCGGGUCCCCCGGGCGAGGUGCUGGGAGGCCCCGGCCCCGAGCCCGCCCCCCGCUCUGCCCACUCGUACGGCGGCGCUCCAGGCCGGCCAGCCGCCCCGCAGGACCUCUGCAUCGACCAGGCCGUGGUGCUCAUCGAGGACGCCAUCCAGUACCGCUCCAUCAACCACCGCAUGGACGCCGCGUCGCUGGCGCUGUACCGCUGGUACUACUCCCGGCUGUGCCAGGGGUUCUUGGGCUUCGCCAUCUUCCUGAUCCUGAUUCUGGCCUUCGUGGAGGUCCCGUCGUCCCUGACGGUCACCUCGGACGUGCGCUUCCGCCGGGCGCCCUGGCAGCCUCCCUGCGGCCUCACCGAGAGCGUGGAGCUGCUCUGCCUCCUCGUCUUCCUGGCCGAUGUGUCCGUGAAGAGCUACCUCAUCGGCUGGGGGGAGUUCCGGAAGACCCCCUGGCUGUGGGCCUACCUGCUGGCGCUGGCCCUGUCUCUGGCCGACUGGACCGUGUCGCUGAGCCUGGCCUGCCGGGAGACGCUGCGCAUCCGCCGGCUCCUGCGGCCCUUCUUCCUCCUCCAGAACUCGUCCAUGAUGAAGAAGACGUUCAAGUGCAUCAAGCGGACGCUGCCGGAGAUGGCCAGCGUGGCGCUGCUGCUGGCCCUGCACCUGUGCCUCUUCACCAUGCUGGGGAUGCUGCUGUUCAUGCGGGACAAGGACGAGCAGAAGGACGAGGAGCGGCAGCUCUACUUCCCGAACCUGCCCGAGUCCCUCACUUCCCUCCUGGUCCUGCUGACCACAGCCAACAACCCCGACGUCAUGGUUCCUGCCUAUUCCAAGAACCGGGCCUACUCCCUCUUCUUCAUCGCCUUCACCGUCAUUGGAAGUCUGUUUCUGAUGAACCUGCUGACCGCCAUCAUCUACAACCAGUUCCGGGGCUACCUGUUGGAGGCCAUCCAGGCCUCGUACUUCCGGAGGCGCCUGGGCAUCCGAGCGGCGUUCGAGGUCCUUCGCACCCUGGAGGGGGCAGAAAUCCGUCCUCUGGUAGUCGGGGUGAAGCCCGAGACGUUCCUCCAGGUGAUCCGGAAAGUGAAGAUGAGCCUUUACUGCAAGGAGGCCAUCGUGGAGGCCGUCCGAUCCCUGCCCGGCGGCCUCCUGUCCGCCGACCAGUUUCAGAGCGUCUUUGAGGAGCUGGACAGAGACACGGUCGAGGAGCACCCGCCCUGGCCCGAGUACCGCUCCCGCCUCCUGCAGCGCGCUCAGGCUCUCUUCGGCCAUCGCUACUUCGACUACUUGGGGAACUUGGUCGCCUUCGGAAACAUCAUUUCCAUUUGUGUGUUCCUGGUGAGGGACGCGGACAAGUUGCCCAGCGAGCGGGACGACUCCGUCUUGGGGGUCCUGAACUGCUUCUUCAUCCUGUACUACGUGCUGGAGCUGCUGCUGAAGGUGGCGGCUCUGGGCCCGCGCGGCUACCUCUCCUUCCCCAGCAACGUCUUCGACGGGAUCCUCACCGCCGUCCUGCUGGUCCUGCAGAUCUCCGUCCUGGCCGUGUACCACUUUCCUCGCCUGGGCUGGAAGCCCGAGACGCUGGGCCUCCUGACUCUGUGGGACGCGGCCAGGCUGGUGAACAUGUUCAUCGUGUUCCGCUUCCUCCGGAUCAUCCCAAACGUGAAGCUCCUGUCCCUGGUGGCCGAGACCCUCCUGGACUUGGUCAGGAACAUGCGGGCCUUCGCGGGGAUCCUGGUGGUGGUUUACUACGUCUUUGCCAUCGUGGGCAUCAGCCUUUUCCAGGGAGCCAUCCAGCCCCCUCCGAGGAAUGACAGCCAGAGUGUGGACCCGCCGUGCGGCACCUUCGAGCAGCUCCAGUACUGGCCCAACAACUUCGACGACUUUGCUGCCGCCCUGGUGACCCUCUGGGACGUGAUGGUGGUCAACAACUGGCAGGUCUUCAUGGACGUCUACACGCGCGACUCCAGCCUGUGGUCGAAGCUGUACUUCGUGGCGUGGUGGCUCGUGUCCUCCGUGGUCUGGAUGAACCUCUUCGUGGCUCUGAUCCUGGAGAACUUCAUUCACAAGUGGGACCGCCGAGGCCAGCCGCAGCCGGUGCUCGGGGCGUGCCGGGCGACGUACCAGACCACGGUGGAGCUCAUGUUCAGGGACGUCCUGGAGGAGCCCACCGAGGAGCAGCUGCUGGAGAAGCUGGUGCGGCACCCCCACCUCCACCUGUGCCGGUGACGGCGCGGCGGCCCGGCGCGCUCCCAAGCCGGCAGGAGGGUCUGGGGUCCCCCUGGGGAGGACUGAAGCUCGGGGGGUCUCGGACGGUGCCUUGAAGUUCUGGUGCGCGAAUGGCCGGCGGAGCUCACGCGAAGGUGCCUCGGGGGGCGCCCCGUGAUGCCGCCUCUUUGGGGCGCCACAGCGGACACCCGCAGGCCCGGCCCGGCCCGCCUGGCGUCUGCACGCGGCCUGGUGUGACCUGGCCGGGGCUUUAGGGCGUAUUUCGGCCCCCCCCCCCCCCCCCCCGCUGGUCCGUCUGUCCAGGACAAAGAAAGCUGCUGGUGUUGGUUGGAGCUUCUGUGUCUGCCUCUGACGGGACCCUGGAAGGGGCGGCCCCGCCGGGCCUGGCAAUUAAGCCCCUUUGGGGUUUGGGGGUGGCACAAGGGGCUCAAAUUGCCCCCCGUCCAUGCAGAGUCGGCCCUCGCCAGGACGCUGAGGAUGGGGGGCUUCUCGGUUCUUCCCUUCCCUGUUGGCACAGCCCUGCCGGAUUCCUCCUGCCCCCCGGGUACCCUCCUGCCCCCCGGGUACCCUCCUGCCCCCCGGGUACCCUCCUGCCCCCCCAGGUGCCCUCCUUCCCCCCAGGGUACCCUCCUGCCCCCCCAGGUGCCCUCCUGCCCCCUGGGUA